AUGAAAGCCUAUUACGAUAGGAAUCGUGCACCAACUAAGCUUUUCAACUUAGGUGAUCUCGUCAUGAUCCCAAACCAUCAUAACCCAGCCAAUGGCAAAAGCAAAAAAUUGUGUCCGAAGUUUAGAGGGCCCUUUAAAAUUUCCGGUGUACUCAAGAACGAGCGUUAUGAGAUAUCAAGCAUCGUGGGAAUUUCAAAACGCAAUUACAAAAGUAUUUACCCCGCAGACCAACUUAAGCGGUGGAUAACUUUUGAUUCGGCUGGAGUGGAAAAUGACGAUGCUUCAGCGAAGAUCACAGAUCUGAAUAGCGAAGACAUGUACCUCAAUAAUUCCUCUGAUUAA